ACUGCACGUGACACUGCACUCCGCCAGCUCAGUUAAGCGAAGAGGGAUGCCUUGGCACAGCUGUUCUAAGGCACCGCACAAGAGCGUUCACUGUCGGAGACACUGCCCAACAGCCGCGCCCGAUUAUUGUACUUCCUGAUCCAUCAUGGGGGCAUCUGUACUCUCCAUAUUGCUUCUACUGAGUGGAUCUAUAAGCCACUGGUCCAAAAAAGAAAUUGAAGAUGGGAAUAAUGUCACAAAACCUCCUGAACCUCCAGGUGACAGAUGCGGUGCGAGCCUUGUCAAGGGUGGAGGAAUAGUUGGAGGACGGAAUGCCACUGAAGGUGAAUUUCCCUGGCAGGUGUCUCUCCAGAGGAAGAACUCCAGAAAGCAUUUUUGUGGGGGAUCAAUCAUCAAACCAGACAUCAUUGUGACCGCAGCGCAUUGUCUACGCAGGAAACAUCCAAGGCAUAUAGUAGUCCAGGCUGGGCUUUUGGACCUCGAUAACCCGCCCAGCUACAGCCAACUGCGCGAUGUGCGAAAAUUUGCCAUUCACAAUUCGUAUCAUUUCCCGGCCAACGAUAUAGCUCUGCUCAAGUUAGCUGCCCCUUUUGACUUUAAAAAGAGCAAGGGGCACAUCGGCACUGUCUGCCUACCCAAGAAGGAUCGUCCGUGCAAGGGCAGCGUUGAAGUCACCGGCUGGGGAUACAAAUCAACCGGUGGACCUAGUUCACCGCAUCUGCUCGGUGUAUCAGUUCCUGUAAUAUCACAUAAAAUCUGUAACCUUACAACUUUGAGACGAUACAAUUCCAAGAUCAUGUUCUGCGCCGGAGACCCUAGAAUGGACUCAUGCCAGGAGGAUUCCGGCGGUCCAGCCGUGCAAAAGGAAAGCGGUUCAUCCAUCCUCGUCGGCGUGGUCUCGUACGGCAAAGGCUGUGCCGUGGCUCCGGUGUAUGGCGUCUUCACCAGGGUGCCCGCCUACACUGACUGGAUUUCGGCGACCAUUGCGAAGCUACAGUCAUCACAGAAAGCUCUGCCUCCAAAAAAGCUCAAUAGAUAUAUCAAAAAACAUGACAGAGAUUAAAUCGACAAA